AUGGCUCUCUUAAAUAACUCUCAUAGCAUUUUGAUGGUUAUGAUCUCUUUUUAUACUUUUUAUAUUCUUUUUGCAUCAGUGUUAGAUGUCUCAAAUGCUGUGGAGGAAGCAUCAACAUCAGGAUCUGCAGGCGUUGACGGUUUCUGGCCUCUAGCACCAAAGCAUGUCAUAAUAAACAACACUGUACAAAGCAAGCAAACUCUGAAUGUACAUUGCAAAUCUAGUGAAGAUGACUUGGGGUUGAUCCAAAUCCCUUGGAACCAAACCUGGGGUUUCAAAUUUCAUGUUAACGUUUUAAAAACUACGAAGUUUCGAUGCCAUUUUACGUGGGGUAUAGGAGAAUCUCACGAAUUUAAUAUAUUUAAAGUAGCGAGAGACGAUGAUAAUUUUGGAGAUUUUCCAGUCUGUAAAGUAUGUAUUUGGGAGGUGGGAAGAGACAAUGACAAGAAAGCUAUGUGUCGUAUAAAUCGAGAUGCAUCGAUUAAACCUUAUUGUUUCACUUGGGACGAUGUUAAGUAA